ACGCUUUUCAGGGGGCCGCCAUAGAUUCGUUCUCUUGGCCAUGUGCGAUCGGCUGCACCGCUACUGAAUUCAGAAGUCCUCGCUGCGAAGUCUCUAGAGCCCGAAAAUCGAAGAUAAACUCAAAAAAUCUUUUGAAGUCCAGGUCUAAAACAAAUAUUUAAGAUGUUUCGUCUACCCGCAGUUUUGAGAACAGUUGCCCGUCGUCAGCUUUACCCGAAUUCGGCAGUUCGUCAGUAUGCAAAAGAUGUUCGCUUCGGUGCCGAUGUUCGAGCUGAAAUGCUCAAAGGUGUGGACGUCUUGGCUGAUGCCGUCGCAGUUACCAUGGGACCUAAAGGCCGUAAUGUAAUCCUGGAACAGUCGUGGGGCAGUCCUAAGAUCACCAAGGAUGGUGUUACUGUUGCCAAGGGCAUCGAGCUCAAGGACAAAUUCCAGAAUAUUGGAGCCCGCCUGGUGCAGGACGUGGCCAACAACACCAACGAGGAGGCUGGCGAUGGAACGACCACAGCGACGGUUCUGGCCAGAGCAAUUGCCAAGGAGGGCUUUGAAAAGAUCAGCAAGGGCGCCAACCCUGUUGAGAUUAGGAGAGGAGUCAUGACUGCUGUUGAUGCCGUCAUUGAGAACUUGAAAAAAAUGUCCAAGCCUGUUACUUCACCAGAAGAAAUCGCCCAAGUUGCCACAAUCUCAGCCAACGGUGACACACAAAUUGGAAACCUAAUUUCUAAUGCAAUGAAGAAGGUUGGAAAGGAAGGAGUAAUCACAGUUAAGGAUGGAAAGACAUUGCUUGACGAGCUUGAGGUUAUUGAGGGAAUGAAAUUUGACAGAGGCUACAUUUCACCUUACUUCAUUAAUACAGCGAAAGGAGCCAAAAUUGAAUACCAGGACUGCUUGGUGUUGUUCAGCGAAGCUAAAAUCUCAAGUGUGCAGUCCAUCAUCCCUGCCCUGGAAUUGGCCAACUCGCAAAGAAAGCCUUUGAUUAUUGUUGCUGAAGACAUUGAUGGUGAAGCUCUCAGCACUCUUGUUGUUAAUAGGCUGAAGAUUGGCCUUCAGGUUGCAGCUGUGAAAGCUCCCGGUUUCGGAGACAACCGCAAAGCCACCCUGACUGACAUGGCAAUUGCUACCGGUGGUAUUGUUUUUGGAGACGAGAGCAACCUCGUCAAAUUGGAAGAGGUCCAAGUUUCUGACCUUGGCAUUGUUGGUGAGGUUACCAUUACGAAGGACGACACGCUCUUCCUGAAGGGUAAGGGCAAGGCUGAAGAUAUAAGCCGCAGGGUGGAACAAAUUAAGGAUCAAAUUGAGAAUACCACCUCUGAGUAUGAGAAGGAAAAGCUGCAGGAGCGAUUGGCUAGAUUGUCUUCCGGAGUGGCCCUCCUGAAGAUCGGUGGCUCCAGCGAAGUUGAGGUCAACGAGAAGAAGGACAGAGUUACUGACGCCCUGAACGCAACCCGAGCGGCAGUUGAGGAGGGAAUUGUUCCUGGAGGUGGCACUGCCCUGAUUAGGUGCAUUCCCGUCCUGAACGCUUUGAAGGCUGCAAAUCCUGACCAGCAGACAGGCAUUGAAAUCAUCAAGAAGGCCCUGAAAAUGCCUUGCAUCACUAUUGCCAAGAAUGCGGGAGUCGAUGGAUCUGUUGUCGUAGCUAAAGUUGAGGACGCUUCACCUGAAAUUGGCUAUGACGCCAUGAACAACGAGUAUGUCAACAUGAUCCAGAAGGGAAUCAUCGAUCCAACAAAGGUUGUGAGGACAGCCUUGACUGACGCUGCUGGAGUUGCAUCCCUUCUGACAACAGCUGAGGCUGUCGUCUGCGAGCUGCCGAAGGAAGAGAAGGACGGUGGUAUGGGAGGCAUGGGUGGAAUGGGAGGUAUGGGUGGCAUGGGCGGAAUGGGAGGCAUGAUGUAAAGAAAUGCAUCCAUCGCUGCCCAUACCCUUAACAAACCCAAACCUCCACAGCGUUAGUUGCAUUUGCGAAGAAUAGUGAAAUAGGGAAAGUGCAUAGCUGGUGAGAGCCGGACAUUGGCAGCAUUUUCAGCCGAUAGAUAGUUUUUUAUUCAUUAUUAUGUUGUGUCAUUCAUAUAUAUUUUUGUGUUGUUCAUUCCAAUCAUCGAGAGAUAACCAACCGAGUCAUCAAAUUAGCACAAUUACCAGACACAAAAUUGAUUUCUGCCAAUUUUGUUUGGAAGUUCAUUGCAAUAGAAAUUGCUAUUUCAUAAUA